AUGACUUCACCCCAGCAUUGGAUCCACACGUGGACUGCAAUGCCGUUGCUUGCAGAGCUUGACAAGCUUCCGCACGAGCCAUUUAUUCGAGAAAAAGUGGUUUUUCGUGACACCACAAUUCGCCAAACCGUCAAAAUCACCCUUGGCAUUGCACGAUACUUCCGCUUACGCUUCUCUAAUGCCUUUGGAACUGACGAUCUCACAAUCAACGCGACCACCGUUGCACUUUCGAAGGAAAAUGUUGCAGGGAGUAGUAUUAUCGACUUGCCUUCACUGCGAAAAGUCACCUUUAGCGGGGAAUUGGAGACGACGAUUUCCGGUGGGGCACUGACCGUCUCGGAUCCUGUGGAUCUGGGACCUUUGCCUUCAGGGGUUGUCCUAACUAUCAGUGUAUUUCUUGAGUCUGGUCAGGAUAGUACAACGGGGAUAACAUGUCAUCCUGGUAGUCGGACAAGUACCUUUCUUGCGUUGGGUAACCAGGUGGCCGAUUCCGAUUUGACAGGCUCCGUGGUUGAGGAAGUUGAGCAUUGGUAUUUUAUUUCUGGAAUCGAAAUCCUCGCACCGCGAAAUACAGGUACUUUGGCUAUCAUUGGGGAUAGCAUUACAGAUGGUCGCUGCAGUACAACGAAUGGCAAUGAUCGCUGGCCGGAUCUUCUUUUCUCUCGCCUUCAGGCAUGGCCACCCACUGCGUCAAUCUCAAUGAUCAGCCAAGCAGCAGGGGGCAACAGAAUUCUUAUAGACGGAAUUGGACCAAAUGUCCUCAGUCGUCUAGAUAGAGAUAUCCUCUCUCUCCGCCAUGUGCGCUAUGUCUUUCUAUUCCAAGGUGUUAAUGAUAUCGGCACCGCGGAGACCGAUGAAGAAAGCCAGAAAUCGAUCGGAAAUCGUUUAAUCGCCGGAUACAAACAAAUUGCGACCAGAGUGCAUGCUUGUGGUAUUCGCAUAUUUGCUGGUACCAUCACGGCCUUUGGGCGACGGGAGGGAGAAGAGAAUCUUGAUGCUGAGACGGAGGGGUUCACUUGGUAUUCGCAUCCAGAACGAGAAGUCACAAGGCGACGGGUGAAUGAGUGGAUUCGGAAUAGUGGCACGUUUGAUCGCGUCAUUGAUUUCGAUCAAGUCCUGCGUGACGAUAAUCAAACUUCUGUUUUGGCGCAAAGGUUCGAUUCUGGUGAUCGGUUGCAUCCGAACCUGGAGGCUUUUCACGCACUUGCCGAGGCUUUCCCAUUAGGAAUUCUCACGACUGAUCUGGAUAGGUGGUCCCAAUAA